AUGGACUUUGUGAAAAUGCAAAUAGUGCAAAUUAGUUCAACAAUCUAGAUUGCACAUAAAAUACAUUCUAUACACAUAUUUAUACACCUGACAACAAAUGUAAAAGAUGCUAAUAUUCAAAUUAUGUUUAACUACAACUAUUACUGUUGA